AUGGUCAUCGUAGAGAAAAAAGAUGGAUCCUUAAGACUAUGCAUUGAUCCGAAAGAACUAAACAAGUCUGUUUUAAGACAAUACAAAACCACUCCAUCUACAGAAGAAAUCUCUAGCAAACUUUGCGGCAACAAAGUUUUCACUGUUAUAGACAUGGCUGAUUGCUAUUGGCAUAUAAAACUAGAUGAACCUUCCUCAGAGCUAUGCACAUUUAACACUCCUUAUGGCCGAUACAAAUUCAACCGCAUGCCGUUCUGCAUAUCAUGCGCAUCAGAUGCUGCACAAGAGAUGAUUGAACUUAAUUUCGGUGAUAUCCCUAAUGUUCUGGCUAUCCACGAUGACUUGAUUAUUGCAGCUAAAACAGAUACAGAGCAUGAUAAAAUUUUCCAACAAAUUUUACAACGAGCUCGUGAAAGAAACAUCAAAUUCAACCUUAAAAAAAUACAAUUUCGAGUAUCUGAGGUCAAGUAUCUUGGCAACAUAAUCAGCCAUGAAGGCACAAGAGUUGAUCCUGAAAAAACUAAAGCCAUAUCUGCAUACCCAUUGCCUACAUGUCAAGCAGAUUUGCAACGGCUCUUAGGAAUGGUCAACUACCUGCGACAAUUCAUCCCAAAUAUGUCAGAGAUAACAGCUCCCCUUCGCCAGCUGCUUAGAAAAGACAUACACUGGUCAUGGAACCAUGAACAUACCAGUGCUAUGGAAAAAAUUAAACAGUCUAUCAUAGCAGAACAGAGAUAUGCCCAGAUAAAGAAAGAACUUUUAGCAAUAGUUUUUGCUUGUGAACGCUUCAACCAAUAUACCUAUGGGCGACAGGUCUCACUAGAAAGUGAUCACAAACCUCUUGAAUAUAUCUUGCACAAGCCGCUGUCAGAAGCACCACCUCGCAUACAAAGACUUCUAAUAAGACUCCAAAAAUAUCAAGUUAUAGUAAAAUAUGUUCCAGGAAAAGAUCUACACAUUGCAGACUCUUUAUCACGUGCUCACCUCAACAUUUUUGACGAGGAUGAUAGCCUAAAUGAGGACUGCAGCGUUAUGGUCCACACUUUAGUUCAAAAUUUGCCAAUAUCAACAGAUAGACUAAAACAAUUGGAGCACGACACUAAAAUUGACCCUGUACUCUCUCAAAUAACAAACUAUAUAACUUAUGGUUGGCCCCGAAACCGACAAAUGCUCUGUGGUAAAGAAAAGAAAUAUUGGACCAUCAGAAACAACUUACACAUAGCAGAGGGAAUAAUUUUAAAAGAAAAUAAAAUAGUCAUACCAACUGAUAUGAGACCCCUUAUAUUAACACAGCUUCACUUAUCACACCUUGGCACCGAAAAGACGAAAGCUAGAGCUCGAAACGUUGUUUACUGUCCAGGACUUACAAGCGACAUUGAUAAACUAAUACUUAAUUGCCAUAAAUGCCUUAAAUACCGUAAUCACAACAAAAAGAAAAAAAUCAUUCAACACGACAUUCCUGACUUACCGUGGAGUAAAGUAGGAUCAGACAUAUAUGAGUUGCAUGGAAAAAUCUAUGUAAUUGUUAUAGACUACUUUUCUAAAUUUAUAGAAAACAGUGUCAUUCCUGACAAAACGGCAUUUUCUGUAAUCAAAUUUAUGAAAACCAUAUUUACUCGUCACGGAAUACCUUCAAGUCUCAUUGCCGAUAACAACCCCUACAACAGUGCAGAAUUCCUUAACUUCUCAAAAGAAUAUGGAAGAAAGUGA